UCACCCUGCUGUUCCGCCGCUUGCAAGCGUUCAAACCUCUUGAUCGCUCUGUUCUUCAUCCGCCGGUCGUCGGACGGCAUGCGUGCAAAUGUCAGCUGCUCUCUCCAGUCGCAUCUCGCCGGAUUGUCUUUGAGUAGUAUUGUUUGACAUUACUGAAGAACGUCAUUUCUUUCUUAUUUAUCGUCGUUUGUUCAAUCCGACUAUCGGAAGAUUGAUUCUAGACUGGAAAUUGGCUGCUCACUUCAUCUCCAGGCGCUUCAUGCCGUUCGUUAUGCUUCUCCCAUAGCAGAAAGCAAACGUCCAGCGGCUAGAAUUGCCGCUUGCCCUAAAGAUAGGCUUUCUAGUCUUUCUUUCACGACAAGUUCAAUUUCUUCAUUAAGGAUACACGUGUGGUAGUACUUUUGGCUUGACUAGAACAACCCUUCUGUGUCUUGCUCAGGAUGAUAUCAGCUGACAUUGUGGACUUGUCAAAUGAUGAUGAGGAAGGAUCAAACCUGAAAGCCGUGAAGUUGGAGCCAGAUGUUGUUGGGGCUGUGAUGCUACCAAAAGAGCACACGAAGAAAAAUGUCAUCAAACAUGAAAAACCAAAUACUGAAUUUGUCAGUCAAAGAUUUGAUGAAAAUAGGAGCCCCAAUGUUUUGAGUGCUGGUCAAAGUAGCUCUAGUAUAUUGGAUCAGGUGCCAUCUCCAGCUGAUGAUUCUGGCCUUACAUCCCCAUCUCCCUUGUGUCCUGCACCAGUUUGUCGACAGUUCUGGAAAGCUGGCAACUAUGAUGAUGCAGUUGCUGCUAAAGUCACUGUUCAAAGUUCCAAAGGCCAUCUUCAUGUCCACCCUAUGUUCCUUCAUUCGAAUGCUACUUCACACAAAUGGGCCUUUGGAGCUGUUGCAGAGCUGCUUGAUAAUGCUGUUGAUGAGAUCCCCAAUGGAGCUACCUUUGUCAAUGUGGAUAAAAUCUUGAAUGCAAGAGAUGGAAGUCCUGCUUUGUUAAUUCAAGAUGAUGGAGGUGGAAUGGAUCCUGAAGCAAUGAGGAGGUGUAUGAGUUUUGGAUUUUCAGAUAAGAAGUCAAAAUCAGCUAUUGGACAAUAUGGAAAUGGUUUCAAAACAAGCACUAUGAGACUUGGUGCAGAUGUCAUUGUCUUCAGUCGACACGUGAAUAAUAGGGUAUCAACGCAGAGCAUUGGUCUUCUAUCCUAUACAUUUUUGAGCCGUUCAGGCUACAACAGAAUUGUAGUGCCUAUGGUAGAUUAUGAAUAUAACAAAGCAAGUGGCAAAAUGGAAAUAUUGCAUGGCAAGGAGCAUUUUAUGUCUAACCUUUCCAUACUUCUGCAGUGGUCGCCAUACUCAUCAGAAGCUGAACUUCUUAAGCAAUUUGAUGAUAUUGGAUCUCAUGGCACAAAAGUAAUCAUCUAUAAUUUGUGGUAUAAUGGAGACCGCAGAAUGGAGCUGGACUUUGAUACAGAUCCAGAGGACAUUUGCAUUGGUAGAGAUAUUAAAAAAAUUGACACUCUCCGUGCAUCGAAGGCAAUCUGUGAGCAGCACAUUGCUAAUCAAUUGCAAUAUUCUCUUCGUGAAUAUUUAUCCAUCUUGUACUUGCGGAUAUCGGAGAAUUUCAAAAUAGUAUUGCGUGGGAGGGCUGUUCUGCAUCGUAAUCUUGCCGAUGAUCUCAAAUUUAUCGAAUACAUUUUGUAUAAGCCUCAAAGUGGUGGAUUUGUAGAGGGUGUGGUUGUUACUACAAUUGGGUUCCUGAAGGAGGCCCCACAUGUCAAUAUACACGGUUUUAAUGUGUACCACAAAAAUCGUUUGAUUCUGCCAUUUUGGAGGGUUGUGAGCUAUUCAGACAAUAGAGGAAGAGGCGUUGCUGGUGUUCUCGAAGCAAAUUUUAUUGAGCCUACACAUAAUAAACAAGACUUUGAGAGAACUUCUCUUUUCCAGAAACUUGAAACUCGUUUGAAAGAGAUGACUUGGGAAUACUGGGAUUAUCAUUGUGGACUCCUUGGGUAUUGUGUUAAGAAACAACUUCGCGUGACAUCAUCCUCACAGAUACCAUCUAGCAUCACAGUACCUGCUGGUACAGAAAAUCCUCACAUAUUGAAACAAUGCUUUCCAGUUACGGUCACAGAGGGUAGAGAAAGAGCACGUGGGAGGUCUGAACAAUGUACACUGGAAGCACAGGGAAAAUCUAGAGAAGGAGUAUGUAACAAAAGAAAGGCAGAUGUUUUGGUAGAAGAUGAACAGUCUGUUUGUGCUAAUCAACCGAAAAAUCAGCAGGCUAUUAUUUUGUUGGAAGAAAAUAGGAAGCUCCGUGCAAAAUGUUCAGACUAUGAAAAGCGGAAGGAAGAACUUAAUCUCAAGGCAACGCAAAUUAGGAGCGACGUACGGGAAGUCAAACUCGAGAUCCAGCGGCUGUUGGAUGAGUUAAAAUCUAUGGAAGCAGUGAAGGUUGAAGGCAUUGUAUAAAUGUACAGUGAUUGGGUUCACUUUUUGUGUGUGUUUAGGCCCUUUGGAAUUGGAUAACAUAACCCUGUAGCUAAAAACCAAGAAAUAUGAUGAUAUAGUUUCUAUACAUACAUGGCCGCCCUACCUUUCUUCUUCCCAUGGCCACCUAUAUGGGACUCCCCCUUCCCUUCAUUUCCCCCUCAGCUUUGAAAAUAGUUUCCUACAAUUUGUUUUUGUGGCUAUCGUCUGUCGGUUUCGUUGACGGGAAAAUUUCCCACUUGUACAGACAUGAAAAUCCACCUUGUAAUACUAACCAAAAUUUCUAACAUUCUUGUUACUUAUCAGUGUUAUUGGUAUAUAUAUAUAUGAAUUGGCCUUUUUUUUU